AUGACUUUACUGUCAUUCUGUAGUCUUUGGUGCUCCACCUGCCUAUGUUUUUACUAUUGCGUGAAGAUCGCUAAUUUCAGUGGGGCGCUCUUCCAAAAGCUCAAGACAAAGCUGCCAAGAAUGGUACCAUGGAUGUUAAUACUCUCCUUUGCUAUGUCUUGUUCUGCCGGCAUACCAGCUUACUGGGACCUAAACAUGGCAGUUUCCUCUGUCGCUACUAAUUUUACAAGUAACAUAACAUUAGCACUUUCUUUCGACGUUAAGAGCAGGUGUGGUUGUCUUUUUCAGAUGUACAUGUUUUUUUCCAGUGUGGCGUUCGCCAUUAUUUUUUUUACAGCUGGGGCAAUCAUCACAUCUCUCUGCAAGCAUAUGAUGAGGAUGAAACAGAACAGUGAAGGUUCUGGCACUGGGAAAAUAAAUUCUCACUUAUCAGCUGCAAAAACGGUUACCUCUCUGUUACUUAUUUACUUAAUAUUCUAUGCAGCUUUAAAUUUUAUAUUUAAUGGAUCCUCUUCAGAAGUAGGCAGUUUAUUCUAUUCUCUCUGCUUCAUUGUGGCUGCUAGUUUCCCAACAAUAAACUCCUUAAUUUUGAUCAUGGGGAACAGGAAACUUACAAAUGCUUUUAAGAAAAUGUUGGGUAUAAAAUCUGUUUCUGGUGGUAACAGUGAAGUUACUGGAUCCUAAUUUGUA